GCAGUCCACUUAAAUUGUCGCCGCUGGCAUUGCGCAUUUUCAUUCGAACCGCCGUGGGCUGCUGAAGCACCCAACCAAAACCAAAAGAAGAAACUCACACAAAAUGAUGCAACAGAAAUCCCUGAUCUUGGGUCUAAUGGGAUUGACCCUGGUGGUCAUGUGCCAUGGCCAUGGACGUAUUUUGGGCGGCGAUGAGGCUGACCCCACUGCCACGCCCUACGCCGCCUCUUUGCGCGUGGACAACGCCCACGUGUGCGGCGGAAACAUUGUGCUCGCCGACAAGAUCCUGACCACCGCCCACUGUCUGUACCGCAAUGGAGUUCAAAUCGAUGCCAGUCGCCUGUCGGUCCGUGUGGGCAGCACCAACCAAUACGCUGGUGGUAAGAUUGUGGCUGUAGAAUCGGUGGUUGUCCAUUCUGGUUACUAUGAGCUAAAGAACAACCUGGCCAUGCUCACGCUGAGCUCCCCAUUGGUCUUCACCGAUCGUAUCGAGGCUAUUGAAGUAGCCGCCAGUGGUGAGGAUCUGCCCGCCCAGGGAUCUGAGGUCAGUGUGGCCGGUUGGGGUUACACCACCGAUGGCACAUCAUCCUAUAAAAUCCGCGAAAUUCCGCUCACGGUGGCCGACGAUGCCGUCUGCCAGGAUGCCUAUAGCGAGCACAACGAGGACAGCUUCUGCCUGGCCCAUGAACUUAAAGAGGGCACCUGUCACGGAGAUGGAGGCAGUGGUGCCGUUUACGCAGGCAAACUGAUUGGACUGACCAACUUUGUGGUUGGUGCCUGUGGAUCGCGCUAUCCGGAUGUCUUUGUUCGCCUCUCCAGCUACUAUGACUGGAUCCAGGAACAGAUCGCCGCUUAGGCGACUUAUAUUCCUUAAAGACCAUCUAUACAAUCCCCACCUAAAAUAAUUAUUAUUUCCCAAACUGAA